CCCUCCCCCACCUCUCUCUCUCUCUCUCUCUCUCUCUCUCUCUCUCUCUCUUUCUAUAUCCCUUCAAAGGCGAGGAUGCUGCUGCCAUGGUAACCGCUGAGUCACCCUCUCCCCUGAUGUGAUUUCCUCUGCCAGCGAGGCCUGACUACGACUCUCGUUUCCUCUUAGCAAUCGCUAACAGCUCGAGAGAACGUCACUGCCACAGGUGCUCCCGCGGCAGAAAGGGGUUUCUCCAGCGCAUCGAGGAGAAGGACCUGUCGGGAGUCUCACCGAUGGGUAGCAUCCCCUCCGCGGUGAAGCACUGUCUGAGCUAUGAGACACUCGCGCAGGAUUACCCUUGGCUGGCUCGCUGGCUACAAGAGGAGAAGUAUGGUGCCAUUUGUGAAUUCCCCAAAACGGUCAAAAUUGUUGAAGUUGGACCAAGAGAUGGACUGCAAAAUGAAAAGGAAAUGGUGCCGACAGAGGUCAAAAUCCAGCUGAUAAACAUGCUCUCCGAAACGGGCCUGCCCGUGAUUGAGGCCACCAGCUUUGUGUCCUUUAAGUGGGUACCGCAGAUGGCUGACCAUGUUGAUGUGCUUAAAGGAAUUACUAAGUCACCUCAUGUCAAAUAUCCAGUCUUAACACCUAACCUACGAGGCUACCAGGCUGCUGUUGAGGCGGGGGCUACUGAAGUAGCUGUUUUUGGAUCGGCCUCGGAGACGUUUAGCAAGAAGAACAUCAACUGCUCCAUCAAGGAAAGCAUGCUGAGGUUUAAAGAGGUCAUCUCCUCAGCCAAGCAGGCAGGCAUACCAGUGCGGGGGUAUGUCUCAUGUGCUCUCGGUUGUCCAUACGAGGGACACAUAGAACCAGCCAAAGUAACUGAGGUGGCGAAGAUGAUGUAUGAUCUGGGAUGUUAUGAGAUCUCGCUGGGUGACACCAUCGGUGUGGGCACACCUAAGUUAAUGGCCAACAUGCUACAGAGCGUCAUGAAGGAAAUACCCACCAGUGCCUUGGCAGUCCACUGCCAUGAUACUCAUGGACAAGCCCUAGCCAACAUCCUCAUAGCUCUGCAGAUGGGGAUUUCUGUGGUGGAUUCUUCCGUGGCGGGGCUGGGAGGCUGCCCGUACGCCCCAGGGGCCUCGGGCAAUGUUUCAACCGAGGAUGUUGUCUAUAUGCUCCAUGGCCUGGGCAUUGAGACUGGGGUUAAUCUUUCGAAAGUCAUAAAUGCAGGUGAAUUCAUCUGUCAAGCCUUAAACCGCAGGACCCACUCCAAGGUUGCCCAAGCCACCGUCAAGUCUUAGCUAUUGUAAGCCACUGUGUCCCAAAGUAUAGUCAUACGAUAUGAUACAUACUAUUCUGUGCCAUUUAUGUAAAUAUGAAUUAUUUUUCAGUGAAUAUAGAGCUUUGCACUAUGUCGAUGUUGCUUAAACAUACGUUUUCUAACUAACUAACUCACUUCAGAUCAUUCUUCCUGGGCACUUUAACCUCUGAUAAACAUGACUAUUUUUCUUACCAAAAGAAUUUACAUUCUGGCAUUAACAUUUUUGUCUACCCGUAAGAUAAAGUCCCUAGGCAGACGAUUCCUCACUUUUGAAAGUUGUUAUGUCUGUUCCUGCUGGUGUCUUCCUCUAUUAAUUUCCUGCCCAAUGUGUUUGUAAUUAAGAUUGAGCUGUACACUGGGUCCUGGAGGUCAGCCUGGCUUUAAAACCAGUGAGACAUUGAUCAUUAUCUUCUCCUUCAUGUAUGCUCAUUUCCUAAAUCCUCUCGGGAAACAUGGAGUGUGGCAUUUCUUAAGGCUAUCAGCAGUUUUUCUUUGCUCCUGUCAUGCAACAUAACCAUGUAGGACAGUAGACUGAGAAACCAAUUAAGUGAAUAUAUAUGUCCAUAUCCUGGCCUUUACAUGUACCAGGGUAAACCUGCAAUAAAAAGAAUUGUGAAAUUCCAAA